AUGUCUAGUCCAACACCUUCUACAGGGCAAGUCCAGAUUCAGACCUCUGCUCAGAAAUCACCUGCUGCUAUCAAUGUGGCAAACUACUUGUUCCAAAAUCCAAUUUUGAAACAGAGAGUGGGAUUAUUGGACAACCAAAAUGAUCUUGAGUUUUUUAGAUAUAAACGGUUUGAGAGGGCGCUCUUGAGCGACGACUACAAUUCCAAGCAGCAGAAUCCCCGAAACGGACUCCCACCAAUCUCAUCAGUGGAGGACGUGCAAAAGAUUUUUGUCUUGUUGAUUCAAAAUCAAAUGAUAAUACCCGUCAAGAAGUUGCAUUAUGCUGAGGUGAAGGCUGUGAAAGGAUGGAAACCCAAGCGCGAGAAACCAACAUUGAGAAGAUCAGAGAAGGCUGUGGUUGAUCCUAAUUUCUAUUACGGGUGGACAUACACUAAACCUAAUCCAUACAUCUUGUUGUACAGUCUAUUAGCGGUGGCUGGUAUCUUUGCCGUUAUUUUGUUCCCAUUAUGGCCCAACUUUAUGAGAAGAGGUGUGUGGUACUUGUCCAUGGCUGCAUUGGGCUUGAUUGGAUUACUUUUCGCCACUGCAAUUGUGAGGUUCAUCAUAUACGUUAUUUCGUUGGUGGCGUUGCCCAAACCAUUUUGGUUGUUUCCCAACUUGUUUGAAGAUUGCGGAUUCUUUGAAAGUUUUGUGCCACUAUAUGGAUGGGAAGAACCAAAGAAGAAAAAGUCCAAAAAGUCAAAGAAGUCCAAGAUGGCAGCAAAGGGAGGUGAUGAUGAUAAUAAUGUGGAACCGAUUUUGACUAGUGCUGAGAAAACUGCAACUGGUGCUGAGGCACAUGAAAAUGGAUCGAGUGGUGCUAGCACGAGCAAGAGAAAAGUCUUGUUGGAGGAGGUUGCUGACGAGUAG